AUGACCAAGAAAUCAACAAAGCUGGCAGCCGCUGCGAGUGCUGUCGACCCCACCCUCGACGCCCUCUUCUCAACCAGUGCCGGACCCGUCCAAGCUCCCCCCCGGGAACGCUACUUGGAGCCCAAGUCGCGAGAGGAGAGGCCGAAGCAUGAGACAGAGGGAGACAGCGAGCGAGACGAGGAUAGCAACAACGAUGAUGAUGAUGAGGCCCUCUCCGAAGCAAGCGGAGAGCUAGAUUACGAUGACGGCGACGAUGACCAAGAAAUUGCCGACGAGGCCGAUGAGCCUACUUCCGCUGAGGAGGAGGAAGGGGAGCAGGAGAAGCCCAAGAAGGGACGCAAGCGCAAGCGCAAGGACGACGACAACGCCGAACUAGAAGACAGGUACAUGACCAGGCUGUCCAAGGAAGAGGACCCCGAGGGGGCCAAGCGGUCGGAGAAGCGGCUGAGGAAAGCUGGCGGCGACGGCGAGGACUCUCAAGACGAGGACGCCUCCGGGCCACCCCCUAAGCACGAGUCCCUGACGGACGAGAGCAAGACGGCCGAACUCGAAAAGGCCGACCGCACAGCCUUCAUCGCCAACAUCAACAGCUCGGCCGUGUCAUCCAAGGCGGACAAGAAGGCCCUGCUGGCGCAUCUGUCGUCGGUGCUGGACGCCAAAGCAGGCGAGAAGAUUGAAUCGAUGCGCUUCCGAUCCGUGGCCUUCUCGACCGGCUCCAUGCCCAAAAAGGCUGCCUAUAUCACCAAGCAGAUCAUGGAGGCCACCACGCGCUCCACAAAUGCCUACGUCGUGUACCCAACCGCCGCAUCCGUGCGCAGGGCCGCCGCCGAGCUCAACGGCACUGAGGUCCUGGGCCGCCACAUCCGCGUCGACAGCGUCUCACACCCAUCGCCCACAGACCACCGCCGCUGCAUCUUUGUCGGGAAUCUAGGAUUCGUCGACGACGAGUCUAUACUCGAGGAUACCGAGGACGGCAAGACGGUCAAGAAGAAGCGCAACAAGGUCCCCUCCGACGUGGAGGAGGGUCUCUGGAGAACCUUCUCCAAGGAAGGCAAGGUCGAGAAUGUGCGCGUCGUUCGCGAUCCCCACACACGCGUCGGCAAGGGCUUCGCUUAUGUUCAGUUCUAUGACGGCAACUCUGUCGAAUCAGCUCUCCUCCAGGACGGCAAGAAAUUCCCCCCCAUGCUCCCCCGCGCCCUGCGCGUCACCCGAGCCAAGGACCCUCGCAAGACAAACAUGGCCAUCGAGCGUCAGAGGGACAAGCUCAACAGCCGCCGCGCUGACUCCCAGUCCAAGAGCACAAAGUACAAGCAGAAGUUCACACCCGAAGAGAUGUCCCAGGCCGGUAGGGCAUCCAAGCUACUCGGCCGUGCCGGUGCUGCUCAGCAACAACAUCAACGCAGGCCUUACAACAGCAACAACAACAACAACAGGGGUCGUCAUCAUCAUCGUUCCAAUGACAGGAAUGGCGCUGGUGCCGACGUCGACAUGUCCAACAUCAAGACCCCCCAGGAGAUUGUCUUUGAGGGAACCAGGGCUUCGUCUAUCAAGAGUGCUCGUCGUCAAAAGGACUUCAAGAUGGCCAAGAAGCAGAAGGGCAAGGGUGGUCCCGGAGGUAGGCCUGCCGGCAGGAGUUCGCGUAGGGCUGCUGAGUGGAAGAAGACCAAGAAGGAUUGA